AUGGGCGGGGAGAGUCCUGUGUGCAUGGGCUGUGUCCCCGCCCUCACGCCCAUCGCCGCUCUCCAAGCCAGAUCCCCCAGGCUCCACGGUGACCAGGAACUCUCGCUAAGGCCCCGGAUCCAAGAACAGCGGGCACCCAUGGGCCGGGGGCGUGGCCCUCGGGGUGGCUGUCGUGGUGACGUCCUGCACGCCCCUUCGCACGCCCGCACGGCCAAAGCCCCGCCGUUCCUACUCCUCGUCGGCCCACCGUCCAAGGACAAGGAUGUUGUUGUCAAUCUCGCUGUUUCCUAUUUGGGGAUCGAGCUGACGACGGUCGGCGCGCGCAAGGGGGCCCUGGCGGCGCUGCAGAAGGGCGAAGACAGAGAGCCCGGCGAAGGAGGGAAGGAAGCCUCGUCCCCUCGCCUGGUUUGCCUCCCUGCGUCACUCCUUCGCGGCCGAGAAGUGUUAGAUGCUGUCCUUAAACUGACGACCGGACCUGUUUUAAAUGUCAAAAACAAGAAGGUGGUGCUGGUGACCGGGAGUCGGGAGGAGGUAUGGCCGUUGCAGAAAGACCUGGCGACGGUGGCUCGUCAAGGGCGCGUGGUCUGCCUGCCCGCCCACACCGCCGCCCACCACGAAAGUUUCAUUGCUAAACUCCUGCGGAAGAAGGAAGCGCUGAAGGACGAGAACGAAAGUACGUGCUCACAGGUGGCAGAGUUCAUGGCUUACGUCCACGAGAGCUACUGUAACACCCCUGUGGGAGGGUCUUUGCCCAAAGCGCCCCCGCGUGCGCCAGGGGAAAUCUCACAGCCGAAGAUGCAGCAGCUUCCUUCUGUGGUGGCGAUGGAAGACCUGGUCACUACCUUUGUCAUGAGACUCAAGGAGCGGAAGGAGAACACGCAGAAGAAGCUUCGCGACCUCCGGACCGCCGUCGGUCGCGUGGGAGAGCUGGAGGGUCACGUGACUUCCCCUUUAAAGACCACCACCCGCCGGGGAGAAAACGCUUGGGGAGGGGGCCCCCGAAACACCAAGAUCAAGGAGAAUUUGAAGAAGUCCGCGUGGGAAAUCAGAUACAGUUUUACUAUAUCUGACAUUGAAGUAGUCUGUCUACUGUAUUGUACAAGCGUCCGAAGACACUUUGAGACACAGAAAAACUCUCCAGAGCCCCUAGACAUAAAAAACCUUUGCGGGGGGAACCUCCCAGCUCGAGACAAAACGCCCGAGGCUGUUCGCGAAGAUAAGGGGACACCAAAGUCCUCUUCUAAAGGGUCAAAGGCGGAUUCGAGGUUGUCCAUUUGCACCUUUCUACGUUCUCUCCUUCACUGCCACCCUCUAGUCUCAACCCCACACAUGCCUACAACCCCACACGCCCACACACCCGCACACCCGUUCACGAGCACAAACACACCCUUGAAUACAAGUUGCAUCGGCUCUUUAGAGUUCCUGGCGACGUGGCUGAGGGAGGGUCACCGUCUCUAA